AUGGCGGCCACUACUUCCCUCGACCACCUGAGCAACCGUAUGAAGCUGGAAUGGCACUCCAAGCUUAACACCGAGAUGGUGCCGGCCAAGAACUUCCGCCGUACCUCUAUCAUCGGUACCAUUGGUCCCAAGACCAACUCCGUCGAGAAGAUCAACGCUCUUCGCACAGUGGGUCUCAACGUUGUUCGUAUGAACUUCUCACACGGUUCUUAUGAGUACCACCAAUCUGUUAUCGACAACGCCCGUGAGGCUGCUCGUGUCCAGACUGGCCGUCCUCUGGCCAUCGCCCUUGACACCAAGGGCCCCGAGAUCCGUACUGGUAACACCGUUGGUGAUGCCGACAUCCCCAUCAAGAUCGGCCACGAGCUUAACAUCACCACCGACGAGGCCUACGCCGCCGCCUGUGACGAUAAGAACAUGUACCUUGACUAUAAGAACAUCACCAAGGUGAUCUCCCCCGGCAAGCUUAUCUAUGUUGACGAUGGUAUUCUGUCGUUCGAGGUGAUCGAGGUUGUGGAUGAAAAGACCCUGCGCGUCAAGUGCUUGAACAACGGCAACAUCUCUUCCCGCAAGGGUGUUAACCUGCCCGGUACCGACGUAGACCUGCCCGCUCUCUCCGAGAAGGAUAUUGCCGACCUGAAGUUCGGUGUCAAGAACAACGUUGACAUGGUCUUCGCCUCAUUUAUCCGCCGCGGCGACGAUAUCACUCGCAUCCGUGAGGUCCUCGGCGAGGAGGGCAAGGAGAUCCAGAUCAUUGCCAAGGUUGAGAACCAGCAGGGUGUUAACAACUUCGAUGAGAUCCUCGAGGCCACUGACGGUGUCAUGGUCGCCCGUGGUGACCUUGGUAUCGAGAUCCCCGCCCCCAAGGUCUUCAUCGCCCAGAAGAUGAUGAUCGCCAAGUGCAACAUCAAGGGCAAGCCCGUUAUCUGUGCCACCCAGAUGCUGGAGUUUUCGGACGUUGCCAACGCCGUCCUUGACGGUGCCGACUGUGUCAUGCUGUCGGGUGAGACUGCCAAGGGUAACUACCCUUGCGAGGCUGUCAAGAUGAUGCACGAGACCUGCCUUCUGGCCGAGGUCACCAUCCCCCACUUCCAGAUCUUCGAUGAGCUCCGCAACUUGGCUCCUCGCCCCACCGAGACUUCCGAGUCCAUUGCCAUGGCCGCUGUUAGCGCCAGUCUGGAGCUGAACGCCGGCGCCAUUGUCGUCCUGACCACCAGUGGCAAGACCGCUCGCCUUCUGUCCAAGUACCGCCCCGUCUGCCCCAUCAUCAUGGUCACUCGUAACGCUACCGCUUCCCGGUACUCUCACUUGUACCGCGGUGUCUGGCCAUUCUACUUCUCUGAGAAGAAGCCCGACUUCAACGUCAAGAUCUGGCAGGAGGAUGUCGACCGCCGUCUUAAGUGGGCCAUUAACCACGGUCUCAAGCUCGGCAUCGUUAACAAGGGCGACCCCAUCGUCUGCGUCCAGGGAUGGCGCGGCGGUAUGGGCCACACCAACACCGUUCGUGUGGUCCCCGCCGAGGAGAACCUUGGUCUCGCCGAUGAGUAA